AUGAGCUCAGCUAAAAAUUCUUCAAAGGAAGGCUUUGGAAAGGAGCAACUUACUGAUCAUUCAACUUACGACUAUAUCAAUGUAUUCAAGAAUCCCAGUAAUUUACCUAUCAAUCAAAUCCAUUUGGAAAGGACCAAAUAUGUACUGAAGAAAAAUUUACCAAAAGACGUGGAUUUUCUAGAAGAAUCUGCAGAUAAUAUCAGGAUGAAGUGGUUCGAUAAAGUCUCCGAAAUCAUUCCUGCCUUGGAUAAAAGAUGGUUACCCAAAUGCAUUUUACAUACAUUUGAACCAUAUACAUUCACAUUGUCACAAGAAGAAAACAAGUCCUUUAUUACAAAGAAUUUAAUGUUUAUGGAAAGUUUGGAAUUCUUAUUGACAUGUGAUUUUCAUCAAUUUUGGUGUACUAUUUUAUUUGAACCUUCAGCUGCAGUUUCAUUGAGGAAGUUCAUUUUAAAUCCCAUACCUCACUACCAGACUGAAUAUUUAGAGGAUGAAUACUUCGAUAUUUAUAAAACAGUAUUUAAUAUGUUUAUACUUGUCUAUGAAAGACUUAUAACAUUCUGGGUGUCUGAGAAAGAGUAUAUACCAAAAGAAUUUAUUUAUGAAAAGUUAUUAGAGAAGAGACUCAUAAAUUUACCAAUUGUGAACACACUGGUAUUUUUAUAUAAACAUUCAAACAUGGAUUUCAUAAAUAAAUUAACUACAUUAUAUUUCGACAACACUGCUCAGCUGGACUUUCAAAUCCAUGAAGUGGAGGAGACAGUUAAUCACACUUUAAUGGUAUUUGAAAUGAUAGGAGGCCAUGUGUGUGGGUUCGCCAAAGAUGCUGUGAUAGUUCCUAUAGCAAUACCUCCGAGACCUUUAGUGUUCAAUUUAUCCUGGGUUUAUUCAGUAGUGAAUUAUUUGCUGAAUACAGUUUCUCUUCUGAAUACCUUGCUACAAUUUUAUAAGCCCUCAAUUGAAAUGUGCCUCAAUAAAGAAUUGCCCUUUAGGAUGCCAUUCAUAUAUGCUACUGUUUAUAGAGAAUUAUAUGUGAUGCUGGAAGAUAGAGAAGAACUUAAGCAGCAGAAAAAUCUCAGUGAUAAAGUACUCGAUGAAAUAAACUUAGGAAGAUCAGAAUUCAUUAAUGUUUAUCAUAUGUUUAUAUCACACUGUAUAGACAAAUCUCUCGAAUAUAUGGGUGACAUAAAACAACAAGAACAUGUGGUCGAGACAUACUUGAAAUUAUUGACUACUGCCCUGGAAGAUGAAUACUUCAUCUGUGAUUACAAUUUGAAAUAUAAUAUAGCGAACCAGAAUGAGGUGUUCGAAAGUUGCACAAACCUAGAUACAACAAGGACUGAUUUCAUUGUUUCAUGUAUAAAUAAAUUACAGAGGAAUAAGACAUUGCAAGAGUUAUCGAAACUGAAGAAGCAAACAAUAGAAGAUGUUUUCAAGCAGUUUAGGCCUCCCAUAAUUGAACCUGAUGAUGAGCCAACUCAUAUUGAAUCAGCCCUUGAGGAUAUCAAUGAGAAUGAUAUUGAUGUUGUGAUAAAAGAUAUUGUUGAUAUGUUUCCUCAUCUUGGUGAUGGGUUUGUACUAAAAUGCCUGGAAUGUUAUAAUUUCCAAAAAAGUGAUGUAAUCAAUGCAAUUUUGGAAGAAAAUCUUCCGCCCCACCUAUACGAAAUUCCAUUCGACACAAUCAGGAUACCCCCAGAACCUGAACCUGAAAAACCAGUUUUAGCAUACAGGGGCAAGAAACCGGAUUAUGAUGAUGCUCUCAAAUUAUUAAAUGAUAAGUCAGAUAUUAAGGAGUUGAAGUCCUUUGUUUUAGAGGGAAUCCAAUACAGUAACGACCACUUGUAUGAUGAUGAAUAUGAUGAUAGAUAUGAUUAUGAUGCCCCUAUAAAAGUGGCCGAUAAUCCAUUAGAAGAGGAAGUUCUCACUUUCAAUCCUAAUCAUGAAGACUUGGCUAGUGAUACCAGCUAUUCGUCAGAUGAGGAGUAUGAUGACAACGGAAAACCCGUUUCUAAGGCUGGGGUGAAUGGAAACGCUACUGGAGCUCAAAACAACAGGUCAAAAAUGAACUUCUGUGAAGAUCCUGCAGUGAUAAGAGCUCGUAGAGAAGCAAAGUUCCAGUCUAAAAACCCUCAAAGACCUCAACCACCUCAAAAGACUAAAGUCGUUGGAAAGCCCAAAGGUCAAGGUCAGGAGAAGGAUGUUUUGAAAGCGAGAGACAAGAAGAACGUCAACAAAUCAUCCAGAGCGAAUCAUAGUCGAAAAUCUGGAGCUCAGUGGAAACGAACUAGGGGAAUGGUUCCAUCAUAA